AUCCGAUAUGAGCAUAUGUAGAACAACGCCGUCGACUGAAAGCAAGACUUUCACAACAUGUUCCUCAUCCUUGACCAUGGUACUCACUCAUGAUCCCCGACUUGAAAUAACCAUGUGGUUUAUCUGGAACUUUAUCUCGAUAAAUUACGACAUGUAUUACACCAACCUUCGUCCCCACAGCCUGCCCGGCCACAAAUGGCAUGCUCCUUUCAAGCCUUUGGGCCAAUGGGCUGCCAUUGACAACCUGUACGGCGAGCGAGCUUGGAUAGAAAACGAUACCAUCCUGGCUGGUGUUACUUCCAUCAGUGGCUUUGAGGCGAUGCUUUGCUUGGUUUACCUUUGGAGUCUAGUUCGGGGUCGCGGGUCGAGUAAAGCGACGAAGACAGAUACUGUCCGCCCAAUGACUACGCACACCGCCGUUGUCGGUUUGGUGGUUGCUGUGGCUCAUUGGACCAAGAUGUGGAUGUAUAUUACCGCGCAGCAAGCUUCCCAACGCUUCUGCGAGCACAGUUCUAUCCCUUCUCGUCUGAUUUGGAUGUUGGUCAACUAUUCAUCUCUUCUCUUCUCUGCGUAUGCGACAGGGGCCUUUACGGGAGUGAUAACAUCGGGCUCCCAGGAUCACAAGGAGACACAGCCACAUCCAACGCCUCCGGCGGAAAAACAGCGUAUCAGAUAACCUCGCGGCCGCUUACAGUACUAUCAGUGGGAACUUAAGAGCAACCUGUUUAUCCAUCAAUACAAUGGUACAAGUCUCCACAAGGCGUCUUGGGUGUGGUUCCGCCUGCGCUGCUACGUCCAACAGAACCAGGGUUCCAAGACCCCGCCCCUCCCCCGCACUAACCGCAUCAACACCUCUCCCACGCCAGCUGCCCCUUCCAGCCAGCUCCAGCCCACCUGUCUCGCCCCACCCCUC